CUUACACACGUGCUUUAGAACAGUUCUGCUUUGAACAACUUGUCAACGUCAGCAUGUAUGCUGCACUAAUGCUACUUUGCUGCUGUUUGACAGGUGCUAUGCUAACAUUUGCCAGUUUGCGCUUAACACCAUUUACUGCAUUGUAAAUAUUUGUAAUGUAUUUUGUUGUCAGGACAAGCUGGAAUUUUUUCCCUGAUGAAGUCAAAAGACCACCAAAUUUACUGGAAGAUAAUCAUGUGGGAACCAUGAAUGUCUGCACAAAGAUUCUUGUCAUUCCUGCAAGUAAAUGUUGAGAUAUUGGAGAAACAGUCAGGUCAUCAUCCUAGGCAAAUCGUUUAAUCCUCUGGUGACCAUGAAUGUCUGAAGAAAGUUUCACAAGACACAAUCCAGCAGGACAAAUAUUUCAGUCUGGAAUAAACAGGUGGAAAAUUGAUUUUGCCUCUAAAAAUUAUGUAAGGUAAUGAUGUUCUUUUAUGUUUGUCAGCUGUGUAGGUGUAGCUGUUUUGUUUUAUUUUUUUAACUGAAAAACCCAUUUCAAGUUUGAGGGGAAGAAGUAGCUACAUAACAGUAAUUAGUCUGAAAAUGCAGCAGAUGUAAGUUUCCUCACAGUGCAGUCUGUCAUCUCAUCCCAACAAGGGGAAAUGUUCGUUUGUUUGAUUAAAGCAUAUGAAGUCAGGCCAUUAAAAGUCUUCUGUCAAAGCUUUGGUGAAAACUGUAAACUGUGAUGAAUAAUUCAAAGGCAACUAUCAUUUUACUUGAGAUUAGCUUGCUAGGUUGCCAUGGUAGAAAUGCAUGUAUUAUUUACCGGCUUGGAGUCUGACUGUGGGGCAGCUUACAGGCUCUCAGUUGUUUUUAGAUCUGCUCCGACAGCGAGGAUUAUACAUGGUAGUAAUCCAUGGGAAACAAAAUAGUGUGUCUGAGCUGCAUGUUUACCUCUGAAUGAGAAGCCAGGAGCCGCUGUGCAGAGUUGUGGACCAUGUAAUGUGGCAGAAGGUCUGCAAUGGAGGGGACAAUGAUGACGGCAGGGCAGGAGAAGCCACAGAAGCGGGUGAGGUUCCGCGUGGCUUCAGGGAACAGCGGCCGGGUGCUUAAGGAGAUGUUCAAGGAUGAGGGGCCUUCAGACUCCCUGGAUUCAGACUGCACCAGCAGCUCCGACGCAGAGCGAGCCAGCACCCCUUCUACGACUGGAGACGUACAAGGACACCCGUUUGGAUACCUGGGCUCUGAGCUGGAUGACAGUGAGAGUGAGCCUGAUGACCUGCUCAUGUAUGCAGGAGCCACCAAGGACUGGAUGUUCACCACCAAGAGGGUGAACAUACUCAGUAAAAAUGGGACUGUGAGAGGGGUCAAGCACAAAGUCAGCGCAGGUCAAGCGCUGUUUGAAAACCUUCCCAGUUCCAACAGUGUGGAGUUAUCUGUUGAGUUUGGGCGGAUUGUUAUCUACACCACGAGUUUCCGUGUGGUGAGGACAACCUUUGAGCGCUGCGAGCUGGUCAGAAAGAUUUUCCAGAACCACCGGGUAAAGUUUGUGGAGAAGAACAUUGCCCUGGACAGCGAGUACGGGAAAGAGCUGGAGGAGCGGUGCAAACGUGUGGGAGAACCUCCUUCAUUACCCGUCGUGUUCAUCGACGGACACUACCUUGGGGGUGCUGAGAAAAUACUUGGCAUGAAUGAAUCAGGAGAGCUGCAAGAUCUUCUGACAAAAAUCGAGAGGGUACAGCAUCCCCAGACGUGCCAGACCUGCGGGGGCUUCGCCUUCAUCCCGUGCCCAACGUGCCAUGGCAGCAAGAUGUCCGUGUUUCGCAACUGCUUCACGGAUUCCUUCAAAGCCCUAAAGUGCACUUCCUGCAAUGAGAACGGCCUGCAGCCCUGCGUGAGCUGCAGCCAGUGAGGACAUUCAGUGCCUGAACCAACAUCCCUACUUCCCCGUUCAGGACCCAACACAGGAACCUGAACUGGACUGCAUCCGGGGCGGUGAAACCCAGCACAGCAGGACUCUUCCUCCAUGGCCAUUGUUGUUGAAUUUGUAAUAAAAUCAGUGAAUUUGUG